ACUCUCGGUUGUUCGGAUGAUCGGAUCGUCGACUCGUCUCCUUUCGCGCAGUAGAGUUUCGACCGGCAGCCAGCGAACAAGUGUGCUCGAACAGAUCAAUCCGCGACGAAAACUCCCCAAACUCGGUAGGCGGAAAGCGCCCUUCCAGUCAGGCAGCAGUCAGUCAGUCAGCCAGUCAGUACAUAGUUGACUACUCCUGGGACAAACUAGACAAAAUAAAUACUGUUUACUGUUCCACCAAGUAGGCCUGCGAGUCGAUCUCUAGGAAAGGGUGCGGCAUUUGUGUAAUCUUGUGUGACGGUGCUUUAUUAUUGUUUUCCUCGAGUGAAAAAUUGCGUGCUAUUCGACCGGAUUUUUUUUUUGUGAUUCAAAUCAGCAGGGUGUGUGAGUUGCUUAUCAGAUGGUUAUAUGCCUCGGUGGUGAGAGUUUCCAAGUGAUGUAAGUUCGCAAGCAAAAAGUGAGUGUGAAAAAGUGUCAACCGGAACGGCAAUGCUGGCAACCAUUCUCUUCCAGCUCUAUUCUAUCGAAGGAGGCUUCGUUGGUUCAAUCGCUGCAAUGACCCGUUAGCUUCGGAACAAUCCAACAGAAAUCAACGCUCCGCUUUGAAGGGAUAUUGAGGGACACACAAAAGAAAUCAAUCAGAUUUGAAAAGUUUGUGAAAAACAGCCCCCGAACAUUCGACAGACAUGUUCUCGCUCUGUUCGAAGCCAGCUUCAGCAGCAUCGUCGCAGCAUACCCAGCAGCAUGGUACCUGCAAAGGAUGCAGCUCCUCGAUUGGAAAACAGAUCAAAGGCGGUUAUCUGUUAAGAUACAAAAAACAAGUACUCUGGAGUCGAUGGUCUGAGGAAUGGGUGGUUCUGUACGACGACUCAACAAUGGCCUGGUUUACGGAACCGGGUCGCUCCUCGCCGGCGGGAAAAAUUCUGGUCAAGGAAGCACCGGAAAUGCUGGCCAUUGCCCACUGGACCGGACAGAUCCCACGACGACCCCCGCUACCGGAGGGCGUCAGUGUAUCACAGCUGAUUGCCCUCGGAUCGCGGCGGAAACGGUCCAAGGUGUACUGGAUGAUUGCCAAGAGCGAGGAUGAAGUCAGCGAUUGGAUAGCAGCCAUCACAAAAACGCUGCCUCCCCCACCGCAAAUCGAGCUCGUAGUCGACAAACCACACCUGAUGGGUGUUCUCCGGAGACCAAUUGUUCGAAUACGACCGGCCACCAGUUCGGAGGUAUCUGCUCGGCGGAAAAAUCGCUCCAGCAUUGAGAACAACACGACCAAGGUGAACAGCGAAGCGGCCGUUGCCAUCAUCAAGAAGAGCACCCAGGAGAACUCGGAACCGAAGGGAUCGUUGGCAUGUGCCCUGCCCUGGGGCCACGGUUGGGGCUGGGCGACCCUGCCGAAUGGCAUCUGGAGCGGAGCACUAACCUGGUCCCAGUGCGAGGACUCGAUCACGCUGCACGCCCUGCCGACAACGCACUGCACUAACAUGAUCGAGGCACCGUGUGCCGGUGGAAUCUACCACACCGACAUCAGCCCGUUCGACUUCCACGGCAUUGAGGACGUGGGCGGAGAAGACUUUGACUACGCGAUGGACUGUGGGGAUUUUAUUUUCUAAACAACGGCGGAACCGUCGAGCACUCAUCCAAGCAGGCGCCGCCGUUCUAGAACUGUUUUUGUUUCAUUUUCAAUGGUGGCGAUUUCACCAUCACAAUGAUAGACAGAAUCAACAACUACAACCACAUAACCGCGGUAUCACUGAUCUAUUUCUGUUGAAAAUGCACAUACACACAAAUUCCCCGGGACGAGAACACUAGAGCUGGAGAGAUCGGACUACGGAAUUAAUUGAUGGAGUGUUAUACAAUCUAUUAAAAUAAAAAUGUUAGGAAACCUUAGCAACACAUCCACCGAGAAAAAUACAUAGGAUAACCCGCAUCCCAUAAAAUGAAACACGAAAAAAUCGUCUGAACCAUUCGCCAUAAAUAACAACUACAUGUAGUGAAAGUGUAGCUACGUAUAUCCCUGCAAAUAAAUAACUGUGUACUAGCGAAAACAUAGCAGUCCAUGAAUAAAAUAACAAAGCCUCAGAGAACGGCACACAAACGGGCAGGCAUAGCAACCAAAAACCAAAUAAGACGCACAUCUACUAAAUUGAAUCAAUGUUUUAUAUGCCAAACAAACAAACACCCUAGCAACCGCAACACGAUGGGUGUUAAGCGGUUGAUUAUCGAUGAAAACUGUCAUUUGUGGCAUUUUCGCACCCGAAAAAAAAGAUAACGUCGAACAGACACAAAAUUAUAGUUUCUAGUGAUUUUUAACUGAUUGAAAGAUGAUAUAAAAAAACAAGUAUUGCCUUCCCGUGCGAUUAAGAUGUUUUUACCACGUACAUAUUCGACGGCGCUUAGAGUGCACGUCAAAACCAAACCAGAAAAGUUUGAGUCGAUUUGAAAAUAAAAAAAAUCAAAACUAGUAUAAAAGUUGUAAUCAAACUUGUUCUUUUUUACCAACGCUCGCUAUUUGUAGAACUUUUUCAUAUUGAUUCGGUCGCCUCUAAUGAACCAAACGAAGUUUUAAACACUUGUUUAGCAACCCUUUAAAACAGUUUUUAGAGGAGGAAGAAGAGGGAAAACACGAAACGACAUUUCGCACUCUCUAGCACAUAAUUAUUUACGAAGACGAAGUGAUAAUUCGACGAACAAAAUAAAAAGGAUUAAAUAAACAAAAGAAAUUGAGGUAAAGCUUAAUUCUACAUUAACACUAAAAGACACGAGUGGAUACUAUUGGAAAGUGUAUGCGUUACUGCAGAAGAUCACCGCGAUACACUGGAACAACGGCGAAGGGCGUGUAACACAUUAAUCUUAGCAAGUAGUGUUAAACAAUAAACGAAACAAUACUUAGAGACUGUACCUAUCAUAAAAAAUUAUAAACAAUUAAACGAUUCGUUCUUAACUUAAGUCAUUUUUUUUUCGUUCGCUCUUCGAACACAUCGGAGAGGAAUCUGUUACAAAACUUGUUUCAAGCUACUCUACUUCCAUUUUCAUCCCUGUAGUUCAACCAAACGAAGGGGAGUUUGAAAUACUCAACUCAAGUCGACGACACAUACAGAAAAAAUAAUAAGAAAGUAAUUACGAGAUAUAUGUAGGUUUUGUAAGCUUCAAAAGCAACGGUUAAUGUCAGUCCGGCUGACAGCUGUCAAACCAUAUAAUAUUUAGAAAAAUAUUAACAUUAACUCUAACCAAAAAAAUGUAUAAUCCAUAAACAUACGGGUAGGGCCUAUCAAUCGACCAUAUGUGUUACGAAGCGACUUCCCUCUUGCUGGCAAACAACAGUUUUUUAGAGUUUAAAACAUACAACAACUGUGGGUGUGUGUAGGCAGUUCGAGUCCUUUUCGGUGGCCCCUUCAUUAACUAUAGAGAGCAUAACCUGAACAUCCCAACCAAAUAAGUGUAAGAUGGAUUGCUAUAGCUACCAAAUAGCACUUAACGAUUGUAAACAGACGCGUUUUAUUCGAUAUAAACAAAACAAAAUGAAUCAACUGUUUGUAAAAGAUAUAUAUUUAAAUAAUAGCCAGUGUGAUGAAAGUAAACAAACAUGUGUUAGCCAGCCAUCAAUCAGUAAAUACAAUUACAAUAGAAUUAACUGUUUUAGACGAUUUCAAUAGUUGUUUAGACGAAGAACCACAACAAAAAUUGAUGGAAAAAUGUGCAUUUUCAGCUGUAGAAUCGCGGGACGAUUUUAAAGGCAAACUAUUUGAGGUAUUGACAAAUAUUUGUAUUUGAACCACCGUCGUGCUGACAGCACUGGAGCAACUCACACUCUCCACAUACAAACACACACACAAACACAUCCCAGCAGGCCCUUGUUUGCAAGCAAACCCCUUCCGUGUCUACAUUCUGCGAACCCCUCGUUGUACGCUGCUUUCAAAACUGCUGUGCGGGAUUUUUUUUGUGAAAAAAGCAGCUGUUCCAUCAGACAACUCAUGUGUCAAUUACUACCGACCAGAUUCCAAACUUCUCCGACAUUCCUCCACUUCUGCAGCAGUCACUCACACAACCUCUCACUUCUCAAUAGAAUUAGCAGGCUCUGAUCAGGCAACAUAACCAAAAUAAAGAAAGAAAAAAAUGCAAACGACGCAGAAGUAAGUAAAAAAAAUAACCUCAAUGUGUUCAUUUAAAAUAACAACACUGAUUGCCAGAUGUAAACAAACAAAUCCAACCGAAUCAUACCCAAAAAUAUGAACAAGAGCACCUCCAAACCACUCCAUUUGAAAGAACGAAGACAAAAGUAUGUAAGCAAAGUUAAAGGGACGGAAACAAUAGCCAACAAAGCAACAAAAUAAAAACUAUAAUCCAAACAAAGUAAGAAUUUAAACAGAGAAUCACUGUCAUUGUUAGUCAUUUGAACGUUUGAAAACAACAACAAAAAUGUCACAUUUAGGGGAAAAAGCCGAGUCACAAUAGUUCUAGCAAAAUCGACAGCAGCAACGGAAGAGAAAAAAAUACGAAAUGAUAUCACUGUAUUUACGAAGAUACGUAUAAUAAAUCCCGAACGAGUCGAGAGUGACGUUGUUUGAAAACACGAAA